AUCAUCCUGCCCCCGUUCUUUCCUCCAGGGCCCCAUUUCUCUUCCUGUCUCUCCUGCCAUGUCGUACCACUCCUUCCAGCCAGGCUCCAGGUGUGGCAGUCAGAGUUUCAGCUCAUACUCGGCUGUCAUGCCCCGGAUAGUUACUCACUAUGCAGUGAGCAAGGGGCCAUGCCGGCCCGGGGGUGGUGGGGGCCUCCGAGCUCUGGGCUGCCUCGGCUCACGGAGCCUGUGCAAUGUGGGCUUUGGGAGGCCCCAGGUAGCCUCCAGGUGUGGAGGUACCCUGCCUGGCUUCGGGUACCGACUGGGGGCCACCUGUGGGCCUUCUGCCUGCAUCACCCCUGUCACCAUCAAUGAGAGCCUGCUGGUCCCACUGGCACUGGAGAUCGACCCAACCGUGCAGAGGGUAAAGAGGGAUGAGAAGGAGCAGAUCAAGUGCCUCAAUAACCGCUUCGCAUCUUUCAUCAACAAGGUCCGUUUCCUGGAGCAGAAGAACAAGCUGCUGGAGACCAAGUGGAACUUCAUGCAGCAGCAGAGGUGCUGCCAGACCAACAUCGAGCCCAUCUUUGAGGGCUAUAUCAGCACCCUUCGGCGGCAGCUGGACUGUGUGUCCGGGGACCGCGUGAGGCUAGAGUCAGAGCUCUGCAGCCUCCAGGCUGCACUGGAGGGCUACAAGAAAAAAUACGAAGAGGAGCUCUCCCUGCGUCCCUGUGUCGAGAAUGAGUUUGUUGCCUUGAAGAAGGACGUGGACACAGCCUUCCUGAUGAAGGCUGACCUGGAGACCAACGCAGAGGCACUCGUGCAGGAGAUCGACUUCCUGAAAGGCCUGUAUGAGGAGGAGAUCUGCCUGCUCCAGUCUCAGAUCUCAGAGACCUCGGUCAUUGUGAAGAUGGACAACAGCCGGGAGCUGGACGUGGACGGCAUCAUCGCUGAGAUCAAGGCGCAGUAUGACGACAUCGCCAGCCGCAGCAAAGCCGAAGCCGAGGCCUGGUACCAGUGCCGGUAUGAGGAGCUGAGAGUCACAGCUGGGAACCACUGUGACAACCUCCGCAACCGUAAGAACGAGAUCCUGGAAAUGAACAAGCUGAUCCAGCGACUGCAGCAAGAAAUCGAGAAUGUCAAAGCCCAGCGCUGCAAACUUGAGGGUGCCAUAGCUGAGGCAGAGCAGCAGGGCGAGGCAGCUCUCAACGAUGCCAAGUGCAAGCUGGCAGGGCUGGAGGAGGCUCUGCAGAAGGCCAAGCAGGACAUGGCCUGUCUGCUCAAGGAGUACCAGGAGGUGAUGAACUCCAAGCUGGGCCUGGACAUCGAGAUCGCCACCUACAGGCGCCUGCUGGAGGGUGAGGAGCACAGGCUGUGCGAAGGCAUCGGGCCCGUGAAUAUCUCAGUGAGCAGCUCCAAAGGCGCCUUCCUGUACGAGCCAUGUGGGGUCAGCACGCCUGUCCUCAGCACUGGCGUCCUCAGGAGCAGUGGGGGCUGCAGCAUCGUGGGUACUGGUGAACUGUAUGUCCCCUGCGAGCCCCAGGGUCUACUGAGCUGUGGGAGCGGGCGGAACUCCAGCACGAAGCUAGGAGCUGGGGGCAGCUCCCCCAGCCACAAGUGUUAGCAUGACCCCAGACAUCCAGGAGACAGGGCCCCUGCCCCAUGGCCCUGGAUGUCACACUCCCACCAGGGCUGAAGACAAGGAUGUUCCAAAACCCCACCUCCCUGUAUUGACUCCACAUUCCCCUCCAGUGUUCCCUCCUUGGGAGCUGGGCUGCCCCUAGGACCCCUCCUUUGCCUCAUGAGUCACCUUCCACUCACCUGUGUGCAGACCCUCAGCUAGGCCCAGAUGGUGGGGACAGACGGCAGAGAAAGAGAAUGCAUUGCUCUUAACCGCAGAAUGGCAAUAACCCCCAAAAGGUCAAAUGGGCACACCACAGUUCUGCUCUGUGGAUCAUCCCAUGGAAGUUUCCUCACAAAGCCAGCUCCUCUUCCACCACAGGCUCCACACUGCCCUUACUUCAGGCUCUCAUGCCCCUAAGAAAAGUGAAUUUCCUUUAACACCACCUGAAACAUGCACACUGCAAAUAUCAAAAGGAGACACCCCCAAAUCCCACUCUAAAUUCCAAAGUCAAGUGCCACGAUUUCAGGAUCUGUCAGGACCUGCCAAUGUCCUCUCAGCACAGAGAAUCAAGAGGUGGCCUUUGGGCAGUAGAUUUACUUUCUCAGGUAUGUUGAACCCAAACUAUGAGAAUAAAUCUUUCUCCUGAGCUCACAUUGGCAGGUGAUGUCAGGCAAAUGCCUAGAACAAAGGGCAAAGGGAUAUGGAAUGUUUACUGGACAGAUGGAAAACCAAAAACAGAUAUCAUUUGCUCAGUGGAAUUAGUCCCGCCUCCACCCAUCCCCUUCUGUACACAGCCGCCCCUUCCUGUUCCCCAUCCCUUUAGCUCCUUUUGCUUUGAGUGUGAUAUGACAGUGAUGUGGGGCUGCCCCAGCUGACUUGAAGGCCCUGGCUCAGGAGCUCACAGAUGGAGGAGGUGUGGGCUGACUCUACCUCCCAGAAGCCCCUCAUGCCAAGCCUGUCCCACUGGGGCUCCAGGGCCUCUUCCCUGAACAUCUGGGCUUCUGUUCAAAAUAAACCUACUCUGUUUGUGGAUUAUAGAAAUCAGGA